CAGAAAUCUCUAAGAUACUUGCUGCACUGCCCCUAGUAAACGACAGCCAUGUCGUCAGACUCUGAGAUGGCUGCCUUUGGGGAGGCAGCUCCCUACCUCCGAAAGUCAGAAAAGGAGAGAAUCGAGGCCCAGAACAAGCCUUUUGAUGCCAAGUCAUCGGUCUUUGUGGUACAUGCAAAGGAAUCCUAUGUGAAAAGCACAAUCCAGAGCAAAGAAUCAGGAAAGGUCACUGUCAAGACCGAAGGUGGAGAGACCCUGACCGUGAAGGAUGAUCAGAUCUUCUCCAUGAACCCUCCCAAGUACGAUAAAAUCGAGGACAUGGCCAUGAUGACCCACCUCCACGAACCCGCUGUGCUGUACAACCUCAAAGAGCGUUACGCAGCCUGGAUGAUCUACACCUACUCGGGUCUCUUCUGCGUCACUGUCAACCCCUACAAGUGGCUGCCGGUGUACAACCCGGAGGUGGUGUUGGCCUACCGAGGCAAGAAGCGCCAGGAGGCCCCUCCACACAUCUUCUCCAUCUCUGACAAUGCCUAUCAGUUCAUGCUGACUGAGAUGUUACUGAUCACCACCAACCCAUAUGAUUAUCAGUAUGUGAGUCAAGGUGAGAUCACGGUUCCCAGCAUUAAUGACCAGGAAGAGCUGAUGGCCACAGAUAGUGCCAUUGACAUCCUGGGCUUCACUGCUGAUGAGAAAACAGCCAUUUACAAGCUGACGGGGGCUGUCAUGCACUACGGGAACCUGAAGUUCAAGCAGAAGCAGCGGGAGGAGCAGGCAGAGCCGGACGGCACAGAAGUUGCUGACAAGGCUGCCUAUCUGAUGGGUCUGAACUCAGCAGACCUGCUCAAGGCACUGUGCUACCCCCGAGUCAAGGUUGGGAAUGAAUAUGUGACCAAGGGUCAAACCGUGCAGCAGGUAUACAAUUCAGUAGGUGCUCUGGCAAAAUCAGUCUUUGAGAAGAUGUUCUUGUGGAUGGUGGUUCGCAUCAACCAGCAGCUGGAUACGAAGCAGCCCAGACAGUACUUCAUUGGUGUGCUGGACAUUGCUGGCUUCGAGAUCUUUGAUUUCAACAGCCUGGAGCAGCUGUGCAUCAACUUCACCAAUGAGAAACUGCAACAGUUCUUCAACCACCACAUGUUCGUGCUGGAGCAGGAGGAGUACAAGAAGGAGGGAAUUGAAUGGGAGUUCAUUGACUUUGGGAUGGACCUGGCUGCCUGCAUUGAGCUCAUUGAGAAGCCCAUGGGCAUCUUCUCCAUCCUGGAAGAGGAGUGCAUGUUCCCCAAGGCAACUGACACCUCUUUCAAGAACAAGCUCUACGACCAACAUCUGGGCAAGUCCAACAACUUCCAGAAGCCCAAGCCUGCCAAAGGCAAGGCUGAGGCCCACUUCUCCCUGGUGCACUAUGCUGGCACAGUGGACUACAACAUCUCUGGCUGGCUUGAGAAGAACAAGGACCCCCUGAAUGAAACUGUUGUGGGGCUGUACCAGAAAUCAUCAAUGAAGACCCUGGCCUUACUCUUUGCCUCUGUUGGUGGAGCAGAAGCAGAGAGUGGUGGUGGUGGCAAGAAGGGCGGCAAGAAGAAGGGUUCUUCUUUCCAGACUGUCUCAGCACUUUUCCGGGAAAAUUUAAACAAGCUGAUGAGCAAUCUGCGAAGCACACAUCCCCAUUUCGUGCGGUGCCUUAUUCCUAAUGAAACAAAAACACCUGGUGCCAUGGAGCAUGAGCUGGUGCUGCAUCAGCUGCGGUGCAACGGUGUGCUGGAAGGGAUCAGAAUUUGCAGGAAAGGAUUCCCCAGCAGAAUACUCUAUGCAGACUUUAAACAGAGGUACAAGGUGCUAAAUGCCAGUGCCAUCCCAGAGGGACAGUUCAUUGAUAGCAAGAAGGCUUCUGAGAAGCUCCUUGGAUCCAUCGAUGUGGAUCACACCCAGUACAAAUUUGGCCACACCAAGGUGUUCUUCAAAGCUGGGCUGCUGGGACUUCUGGAGGAGAUGAGGGAUGAGAAGCUGACACAGCUCAUCACUCGCACCCAGGCCAUGUGUAGGGGCUACUUGAUGAGAGUGGAGUUCAAGAAAAUGAUGGAGAGGAGGGAGUCCAUCUUCUGCAUUCAGUACAACAUCCGUGCAUUCAUGAAUGUGAAGCACUGGCCCUGGAUGAAGCUGUUCUUCAAGAUCAAGCCCUUGCUGAAGAGUGCUGAAUCUGAGAAGGAGAUGGCCAACAUGAAGGAGGAGUUUGAGAAAACCAAGGAAGAGCUUGCAAAGUCUGAGGCAAAGAGGAAGGAGCUGGAGGAGAAAAUGGUUUCUUUACUGCAGGAAAAAAAUGAUCUGCAACUCCAAGUGCAGGCUGAAGCUGAUGGUUUGGCUGAUGCUGAAGAAAGAUGUGACCAGCUCAUCAAAACCAAAAUCCAACUGGAAGCCAAAAUUAAGGAGCUGACAGAGAGAGCAGAAGAUGAAGAAGAGAUGAAUGCCGAGCUGACAGCCAAGAAGAGAAAACUGGAGGAUGAGUGCUCAGAGCUGAAGAAAGAUAUUGAUGACCUUGAGUUAACAUUGGCCAAGGUUGAGAAGGAAAAACAUGCCACUGAAAACAAGGUGAAAAACCUGACAGAGGAGAUGGCAGCCCUGGACGAGACCAUUGCCAAGCUGACAAAAGAGAAGAAAGCCCUCCAAGAGGCCCAUCAGCAGACACUGGAUGACCUGCAGGCAGAAGAGGACAAAGUCAAUACGCUGACCAAAGCUAAGACCAAGCUGGAGCAGCAAGUGGAUGACCUGGAAGGGUCCUUGGAGCAAGAGAAGAAACUGCGCAUGGACCUUGAGAGAGCCAAAAGGAAACUCGAAGGAGACCUGAAAAUGAACCAGGAAUCAAUAAUGGAUUUAGAAAAUGAUAAGCAGCAGCUGGAUGAGAAAAUGAAGAAGAAAGACUUUGAAAUCAGUCAGAUCCAGAGCAAAAUCGAGGAUGAGCAAGCCCUGGGCAUGCAAUUACAGAAGAAGAUCAAGGAGCUGCAGGCUCGGAUCGAGGAACUGGAGGAGGAAAUUGAGGCAGAGCGAACCUCUCGGGCAAAAGCAGAGAAGCAUCGGGCUGACCUCUCGCGGGAGCUAGAGGAGAUCAGCGAGCGCCUGGAAGAAGCAGGAGGGGCUACAGCAGCUCAGAUCGAGAUGAACAAGAAGCGUGAGGCAGAAUUUCAGAAGAUGCGCCGUGACCUCGAAGAGGCCACGCUGCAGCACGAAGCCACGGCUGCCGCCCUGCGGAAGAAGCACGCGGACAGCACAGCUGAGCUUGGGGAGCAGAUCGACAACCUGCAACGCGUGAAGCAGAAGCUGGAGAAGGAGAAGAGUGAGCUGAAGAUGGAGAUUGAUGACUUGGCCAGUAACAUGGAGUCUGUCUCCAAAGCCAAGGCAAAUCUGGAGAAGAUAUGUCGUUCCCUAGAGGAUCAGCUCAGUGAGAUUAAGACAAAGGAGGAGGAACAACAGCGCACAAUUAAUGACAUCAGUGCUCAGAGAGCUCGGCUACAAACAGAAUCUGUGAUCAACACCAAGAAGAAGCUGGAAACAGACAUCGCCCAAAUUCAGGGUGAAAUGGAGGAUACGAUCCAGGAAGCCCGCAAUGCUGAAGAGAAGGCCAAGAAGGCCAUCACAGAUGCAGCCAUGAUGGCCGAAGAGCUGAAGAAGGAGCAGGACACCAGUGCCCACCUGGAGAGGAUGAAGAAGAACCUGGACCAGACGGUGAAGGACCUGCAGCACCGUCUGGAUGAGGCCGAGCAGUUGGCACUGAAGGGAGGCAAGAAGCAAAUCCAGAAGCUGGAGGCCAGAGUGAGGGAGCUGGAAGCGGAGGUUGACGCUGAGCAGAAGCGCAGCGCUGAAGCCGUGAAGGGCGUGCGCAAGUACGAGAGGAGGGUGAAGGAGCUGACCUACCAGUCUGAAGAAGACAGGAAGAAUGUUCUCAGGCUCCAAGAUCUGGUGGACAAGCUUCAAAUGAAAGUGAAAUCCUACAAGAGACAAGCUGAGGAGGCUGAGGAGCUGUCCAAUGUCAACCUCUCCAAAUUCCGCAAGAUCCAGCACGAGCUGGAGGAAGCCGAGGAGCGGGCUGACAUUGCAGAGUCCCAGGUCAACAAGCUCCGAGCAAAGAGCCGCGAAAUUGGCAAGAAGGCAGAAAGUGAAGAGUAAAUGCCUUCAGUAGUGUAAAGUGAAAGAGAAUUGCACAAAAUGUGAAAUUCUAUCAUUUAGAUUUUGUAAUCACUGAUUAGUGCGUCAUCAACCUCUAGAUAAUUAAUGCCUAGAUAAUAAAAAUAGUAGAGAUUUUCCCAUGGAAAUAA